AUGGAAAGCGUUCAAAUAUUACAGAAGGAAUUUCAAUCCUAUUUCCGAAUUAAUGGUUCUCAAAUUAUUCUUAGCAUUGUGACUACUGGAUUUUACAUUUAUUGCAUGGUCCGUCCACUUCACGGAAAAAGGUUCAAGCAACCUCUAAAGCUUCUCCUGGGGACCUUGAUUGGCUCUACAAUAUCUUACUUGGUGUCAAUUAUUGCGACGCUCUUUUCUAUACUACAUGGUCAUAGCAUGACGAUUACCCAUAUCAUACAUUUGCUGGUGGUCUGCAGUGUGUGCAAUAGUAUGACCUCCUCUGUCUGGCUGAACUUCUUCUAUUGCAGCCAGAUUGUACCUGCGCGGAGAGCUCUCUUCAUCUGGAUGAAGAAGAAUGUCAAAUCCAUCAUCUACUGCAUUUGGGUCACUGAGAGAAUUUACAGUUUAUUGGCUCUUUCCAUCAUGUUUUUUCUUGCCAUUCCUCGUGAUGGAUUCAAGUCUAGCAACGAUUCCACAGUGGUUUAUGAUGUGCAUGUGAGAGAUUUCUGGAAAAUGUUCCCAGCAGGUAUGUUUGACAUUGUGUUUCACAUACUGAAGGCCCAUUUUAUUUUGUGUCUGUGUGUUAUGGUGAACUCCAGUGGUUCUAUUGUAUUCUACCUGUCUGGACACAUGCGUCGUAUGGCAGCAAAUGGACAACCUCUGUCCUGUCCAAAGUUAAGGAAUCAGUUGAGGGUCGCCGUCACCGGCAUCCUACAGGGAGUUCUCUAUGUGAUAUGUUCUAUGUGGACUCUGCACAGGUCUUUUCCUGGGGGUGGUUUAUAUAUGAUCAGUGGUGCAUAUACCUAUUUCACUGUCAUCAACCUGUACAUGUUGGGCACUUUGUUUAACCUGGGAGCUGGUCAGGCUGUAUUCAGGCAGAGAGCAGCGCACAUCUGGCUAAGGGCAACUCAGUGCUGCAAAGCACCUCAAGAACAACCGUCUGAACAAGGAGUAUGA